AUGGACGUGAAGCGGCUGAAGGUGACCGAGCUGCGGGCUGAGCUGGGCCGGCGCGGCCUGGACGCCCGCGGGCUGAAGGUGGAGCUGGCGCAGCGGCUGCAGGAGGCCCUGGACGCCGAGAUGUUGGCGGCGGGGCCCGAGGAAGGCGGCGGCGGCGGCGGCGGGGGAGGCCCGGCCGCGGCGGCCUCGAGCUGCGCGGGGGAAGCGGGGCCGGCGGGAGGCCCGGAGGAGGAGGAGGAAGAGGAGGCGGCCCCGGCCGAGCCCGCGGCGUCGGAGCCGCUGCAGCCGCCUCAGGAGGAGGGAGCGGCGGCCGCGGCCGAGGCUGAAGCGGCCGAGGGAGGAGCAGGCGGCGGCGGCGGCGGCGUGAACGGGGCCGAGCGGCCGCCGGAGGAGGCGCCCAGCGGGGAUGAAGCGGCAGCGGCCGAGGCCAAAGAGGAGGAGGCGCAGGCGGGGGAGGAGGAGGACAAGGCCAAGGCCCCGGACGCCGAACGCCGCGGGGUGAAACGGCUGCGGGACGAGAAGGACGAGCACGGGCGGGCGUACCACGAGUUCCGUGAGGAGGCCUACAACAGCAGAUCCAAGUCGCCGCCACCGCCGGAGGAGGAGCCCCCAGAGGGGGAGGAGGACGAGACCCUGGUGAUCCUGGACACCUACACGUCGGACCUGCAGUUCCGUGCCAGCCGGGACCGGUACGGGGGGCAGCCGCUCUUCUCCGAGCGCUUCCCGGGGCUCUGGGCCGGCGCCCGCAGCACCCACGGGGUCACCCGGGGCCGGGUCUGCUUCCAGGCCAAGGUGUCUCAGAACCUCCCGGGGAAGGAGGGGAGCUCCGAGGUGCCUCUGCUCAGGGUGGGCUGGUCCGUGGAUUUCUCCCACUCCCAGCUGGGGGAGGAUGAGUUUUCCUAUGGCUUUGACGGGCGGGGACUGAAGGUAGAAAAUGGGAAAUUCGAGGAAUUCGGGGAGAGCUUCGGGGAGAAUGACGUCAUCGGCUGCUUCGCGGACUUUGAGGGCGAGGAGCUGGUGGAGCUGUCGUUCUCCAAGAACGGGCAGGAGCUGGGAGCCGCCUUCCGCAUCCCCAAGGAGGCGCUGCAGGAGCGGGCGCUGCUGCCCCACGUGCUCUGCAAGGGCUGCGCCGUGGAGCUCAACUUCGGGCAGCGCCCGCAGCCCCUGGCACCCGUCCCCGAGGGCUUCCAGUUCAUCCACGACAUCCCCGCCCCCGACAGGGUCCGGACACCCCCGGGGCCCAAGAGCACCGAGGAGUGCGAGGUGCUGCUCAUGGUGGGGCUCCCAGGCUCUGGGAAGACGCAGUGGGCACAGAAACAUUCCCAGGAAAACCGGGACAAGCGCUACAACAUCCUGGGGACGGAGCGGGUCCUGCACCAGCUCAGGACGCGGGGGCCGGAGCCGGAGGAGUUGGACGCCAAGAGCCGGGAGCUGCUGACUCAGCAGGCGGCGCAGUGCCUUAGCAAGCUGGUGCAGAUCGCCCCCCGCGCCCGCCGCAACUUCAUCCUGGACCAGUGCAACGUGUACAACUCGGGGCAGCGCCGGAAGCUCUCGGCCUUCAAGGGCUUUUCCAGGAAAGUCGUGGUGAUCGUCCCGACAGAGCCGGACUGGGAGCAGCGCCUGGAGCAGCGGCGCCAGGCCGAGGGUGAUGACGUGCCCGAGUCCGUCAUGCUCGAGAUGAAAGCCAAUUACUCCAUCCCUGAGAAGAACGAGUACGUGGACGAGGUUGUUUUUGGGGAGCUGGGCCGGGACGAGGCGGCGCCGCUGGUGCUGCGCUGGAAGGAGGAGGCGCGGAAGCAGCUCCCGCCCUCGGAGAAACGCGGGAACCGGCGCAACAACCGCAACAAACGGAACCGGCAGAACCGCAACCGUGGCCAGGGCUACGUGGGGGGGCAGCGCCGGGGCUACGACAGCCGCGUCUACGGGGGCCAGCAGCAGCCGCAGUACUGGGGGCAGCCUGGCAACCGCGGGGGCUACCGGAACUUCUACGAGCGCUACCGGGGCUACGACGAUCGGUUCUAUGGCCGCGACUACGACUACAACAGAUACCGCGACUACUACCGGCAGUACAACCGCGAGUGGCAGAACUACUACCAGGACAGAGACCGGUACUACAGGAACUACUAUGGCUACCAGGGCUACCGGUGAACCCCGGCCCAUCCCAAAACAAAUUCCCGAAAAUUUUGGGGAGGUGGGGGCGGGUCGGGGGGGAAGGGAAAAACAAAAGGAGAAAAAAAAAAAAACGGGGAGGGGGGAGGGGCUGGAAAAAUAAAAAGGGGGGGAGGGGGGAGGGGAA